GAUGGGGAUGACGAAGACUGGGACUCAGACACUGCGGAAAGCGGCAGCGGUAGUGAAGACGAAGAGGGCAAUAACGCCAUUGCCAAAAUCUUCCUCAAGAAGUCAGUCCCUUUCCCUGUCCUUUGUACAUCGCACGUUAGGACGGAAUUAUUGUGGAUUGAGUCUAGAGUCAAUAUCAGUGCCUCUGUAACCGAACAUCGCUCUAAGUCUAAACAUCCUGCCUCUGACUUUCAUUCAGUAUCUCUCACUCUGUAUGUAAAACUAUAUUCUAAAGCAGUGGUCGGCAACAGACGGCCUGCGGGACAAAUUUGGCCCCAAAGCGAUUUUAUUUGGCCUCCCGGUUUUGUUAGUUAGUUAAUAAAAAAAUAUAUAAUCAUGUUUAAAAAUUGGCUGACGACUGAAUAUAUUUGCCUACCCCCAGCUCUAGAGACUCUUGUCUCUGACAUCAGAUCAGUUUUACCCACUGACUGAAAUGUAUUCACAACACCUCAUUCUGUCUUGCCAGGUCUGGUAGCGAGGUUGAGCGACACACCAGUGAGAAGAAAAAGGAGGACAGGAAGAAGAGACACAAGCGGAAGGAGCGCCUGGAGGAAGAGGCAGAGGAAGAGGCCCAAGAGGAGGGCGAAGGAGAAUGGGAGAAGGUGAAGGGAGGAGUGCCCCUCGUUAAGGUGGGUAAUCAAGUCAUGGCAUGACAAUACAUAUCCUCACUCCACUUAUCUGUAUAUAUGGUUUGUGUUCAUUAACCACCAAAUGUAAGAAAACUGACAGAAAUGGGGAGGGACCACCUGAACUUUACUAAUUAGAAACACUCAUUUUCGUUUUUAAUUGCAAAAUGUUUUAAAGCAUUUUCUGUCUCGAGCCCAAAUAAACACGACCCAAUGGUCCUAUAUGGUCAUAACACGUCUUAGAGUAGAAGUUCUGCCUUUUAGAUUGUAAUGACUAGACUGGGGGGACCUGAUCCUAGCUCAGCACUGCUACUCUGAAACGCUUUAUGAAAACUGACCCAAACCUUCCAGGGAAUGUGGAUAGUGUGCUAAUUGCUUUUCCCGACAGGAGACAUUUAAAGGUUAGGUAGCAUAAACGUAACCACAUGUAACAUAUGGAUUGGCAUUAGUAUAUGCAUCAAAAGUCCCAAUGCAAAGUUGCACCUCACUUUUAAAUUUUUCGGAUGAUUACAUAAAACCUAUCAGAAUGCCGAAGUCAUGCCAGAAAAUGUUUUUGUGGGUUGUGAUGUAAUAUGGAGGACCCGGCAAGCCAGCCUUUUUCCUAUAAUGUAAACUCCAACAGAAAUACUCACUCAAUUACAUUUUCAGCCAACUUACAAGAAAAUACUCUAUGAAUUUAUUGUUGCAAGCUAAUUAGGCCAACCAGCCUGCUAACGUUAGGCCAACCAGCCUGCUAACGUUAGCCCUACCAGCCUGCUAACGUUAGCCCUACCAGCCUGCUAACGUUAGCCCUACCAGCCUGCUAACGUUAUGUUAGAACUGCAUGGGUCAGCCAGUUGCUAUAAAAACCUAGCUUACAGCUACAUUAAAGUAAGCCAAAGUUUUGGAAAUGCAUAACGCAAUUUAACCAGUUAUCAAAUAAUGUUACCGGUAUAUGCAGUUAUCUUAGCCAGCAAGUCAGCCAGCUAAAGUGAGUUAUUUUAGCCAGCUAACUAGCCUAGCUAGCCAACCACCACGGUCGACAUAGCUAAAUAGUAAGCCAGAGAACAACACCAACUAGUCUAGCACAGGCAGGAACCCAUAGAACACACACAAAAAAAGCCAGCAGAUAUAAAGUACAGAGAGCGGAGACUGAUAGACGGCUGAGUUGGCUACCAAAGAAGAGCCAAGGAGAGAGGCACUUCAAAGGGAGAGGCCGUUUCACCGGCGGAGGGAGAGUCAGCUAAUCAAUCCUAUAGUGAGGUAAAUCUAAAGUAGAUAGAUUCCAGAGGCAAUAAUCCAGAGGCGGCAUUGGGCACAGGAGACAAAGGGAAGAGUCGGCAAUAAAACGGUGAUCCGAUGAAGGCUCCAGGCAGAUGGAAAUGAACAGCACAGUCAGUCAGUUACUGUAGUGCGCUAGUACUAAGCUAAGGUUGAAAAACUCACAACAGGUCGAAGAGUUUACCAAGUAAAUUGGAGGACAAAAAACAAACUAAGAACAGACAAGGUACUAUACAAUUAGAGCAGGCAAGAAUGAUUUUCCACUUUCCUUUUGCGCCAGAGGCAAGCCUGCCGGUGCAGGAUAAGUCAGAGCUACAUGGAGCAGGCGAGCAGGAUCAUGCGGCCCCCACGUGUGUGGAAUCUGAUUUGGUUCUUUACAUCACACCACCUCGUGAUUGGUGGAGUGUAGCUCACCACUGCCAGCACUCUGUCAGCAUGGCUAGUGGCUAACGUUAGCCAGCUCGAGCUAGCUAACGCAGAGUAGAUUCUCCAUAUGACGUUGAGAAAUAGUUAAUUGUGGUUAUCCAGAAAUAAGUGAAUAAAUAUGUAAAUAAUAAUAACAUAACUAUGUUUGUAGUUAUAGCUAACCAGAUCGUGACUUCAACUAAGUCUUUGACCACACUGUGUUGUUACUUUUAGUGAGUAAAAACUCAUGCUUCCUACCCUUUAAGAUGUUUGCCAAGGGAACAGAAAUCAACACAACAGUUGUGGUAAAGAAACUCAACGAGAUUCUGCAGGCCCGUGGAAAGAAGGGAACAGACAGGUACAACUCAUUUGACUACGUUGACAUAAAUGCUCUGUCCCAAAAUGUGCCCCUAGUCACUUCUUGAUGGCGCUUUUGUAGAUCUGAAAACCAUGCCGAUGUAAACAAUAUGGUAUCGGUUCUACCUAAGGCUAGGCAAAGUUUUUGCCUUUCACAGACAUAGCACUUUCAUGUCUACAAGGGGACAUCAGGUAGGGUUUUGGGGUUUCUUUUGUGACCAGACAAAAACUCCAUUCAGUAAAAGCCCUAGCCAAUAUGACACCAAAGCCUGAAAAGACCCUAAACUAACUUAACCCUCCUCCGCCAACAUCUCCAAUGAGAACAUUCUAGGUGAGGGCAUCAUGGUCAAGAUCAAGUUCAACAUCAUUGCCUCCCUGUACGACUACAACCCUAACCUGGCUGCCUUCAUGAAGGGCAGACUCACUGGCAUUAAAUGCCAAAUUGUUAAAUGCUUAAUUGUUAAAUUACUAAAUGCCUAAAUUGAUAAAUGCUAAAACUUUCCUGUUUUAUUACCGCCCAUCUGCCCACUCCACGGAUGUGUGGCUAUGCUAACGGGAUAGACAGACUGUCCGUCGUUGUCUGAAGGGGUUGAUCCUGAGUGGUCUUAAUUCUGCCACCUCUAUAUGAAAUGACGGCACAUUUGAGAGAGAAAAACAGAAUAUUUAAUGUGCAAUUCUACAGUAAUGGCAAUUCCAUCCAUUUUAAUGUCCCCCCCAUAUCAGUUGGGGAAAACAUGGGGUAGGGGAAUUUAUUUAAUGUAAAAACAAACUUAUUGGACAAGUUCAAGUUGUACUUUGUCCGUUUUUAGAAAUGUGUUCUCAGCAUCAGAAUCGCCUUGAUUCUCCAAGUACAUUCACCUGGUGAAAUGGUGCUGACAACCAUAAUCUCCCGUUUUCGGCCCGGAUUCUCCCUUAUCCGGCCCUGAGUGUGACCCCAAUUCCCACUAAUAUUCUCCUCAUCCCUUUUACCUGUCCCGCCCCACCCCUCUCCCAGGCUGAUAUGUGGAAGAAGUGUCUGGACUGCAUUGACGAGCUGCUGGACAUCCUCUUUAACAACAACAACAUCUUUAUCGGCGAGAACAUCGCUGAGGACAGCGAGAACCUGGCCAUUGCUGACUCUCAGGUAAUUAUCUCACAGAAAACUCUUAGUGGUUGAUUGAGUUUCUUACAGUGAGUGAAUGAUUGAUUGGUUAAUUUAAUUUAUUUGAACUACUCCAAACAAGAAGUUCCCUCACAGGAAAAUAAAGUUCUACUAUCAUUUUUUAAAAUAUAAAUACAUAUACAGUCAAGAACAAGCAGUAUGUACAUUAGAAAAUCCUAUCAAAUACAUUAGUCUUUUACUUAUUGCCAUUGUGGUCCUUUUGGCAAGAAUAGACAGGCGUGGCAAGAAUGGCAAGACACUUCAUGUGAUAGGCUACAGUUUGCAGUUUGCAGUAGAUUGUCCAACUAAAGUCUGUUUCUCUAUCUGUUCCUCAGCCAUUCAGGGUGCGCGGCUGCAUUCUGACCUUGGUGGAGAGGAUGGACGAGGAGUUCACCAAGAUCAUGCAGAACACUGACCCCCACUCUCAAGGUGAGGCCCUCCCAUAGUGUACUCGCCAUUUUAGAUCCACACCCUCAUUUUCACAUUAUAGAAGUCACUUGUGCGUCUGUCAAAGACAAACUUAAUUGAUACUCAAUCACUAUAGACACAUAUGAAGUAAAUGGAUUAAUAGAAUAGACAGCAAUAUAAUUCCUAUGAAAACAUGUACCAUGUACAUAACACACUAUUGGGAUUACUUUUUCACUCAUUCGUUUGCAUAUUGAUCCGAUCUCUUUUUCACACUAACUUUACAUUUCACAUGAUCAUAUUCAAUCACUCACUCUCUCUCCCUCCCCCAAAGUACGUGGACAACCUGAAGGACGAGGGGCGUGUGUGCGGCAUCAUCGACCGCCUACUGGGCUACCUGGAGACCAAGGGCAGCACGGAGGAGGUGUGCCGCGUCUACCUACGCCGCAUCAUGCACACCUACUACAAGUUUGACUACAAGGCUCACCGUCGCGCCCUGGGCCUCCAGGGAGAGACCAAGGUAAGGAAACGGGCAGAGACCCCACAAUAGACACAGAAUUACUUCCGGGUUAUGGGUACACUCAAUAUGGCAGCUGGUCCACCCAUCAUAUAACUUGAAUGGGAGUGUCUGUUUUAGUCAUUAUAUUUCUAUGGACCCCAUGGCUGCUUCUCAAUUGUCUGAAAUGACUUUGUCUCCUCUUAUUCGUUUCAAAUUGGCCCCGUGUAGCUCAGUUGGUAGAGCAUGGCGCUUGCAACGCCAGGGUUGUGGGUUCGAUUCCCACAGGGGGCCAGUAUGAAAAAAAUUAAAACUAACUGUAAGUCGCUCUGGAUAAGAGCAUCUGCUAAAUGACAAAAAUGUAAAUGUAAGCGACGUGGUGGAUACUUACUAGGAACUCGUGCAAAACGUAUGUGGAUCCGAAAUAAUUAUUAUCCAUGAGCUAAUGCCAUAACUAGAGGAUGUGACUAAAUGUUUAAAUACAAAAAAAAUAAAAAUGUUUGAACAAAGAUGAAAACAAUAAUAAAAGGUUGUGAAUUCAGAUAUGGUCCUGCGUAUGACCACUAGGGUGCAAUGCCGUUCAAUCUACCGCAGUCCUGGCUACCUACCAGACAGCGCUCACCUUACUGCUGUCCCGCACCCACUUAGCAACAAUGGUAUUUAAUAUCGUUAUAGGUUCUCUGCUGUUCUCAUUUGGCAGUACAUGGGACUUCAUGUCCCACUUCUCAUCAAUAUUAUGGCUCGUUGCAGUACUGUAUGACAGCGUGUUCUUAGACGUCUAAUAAUCUGUUGUUAACGCAACGUAUGGGGUUUGAGAGCUUUGUACUUGCAGUUUCAUUGUUGUACAAUUUCUCCAUCUGGGCCGUCAUGGUUUUUUAGACAUGGCAUCUUGUAGUCUAGUUCUAGAUAUGCCAUUAGGGCAAUGAAGCCGACAUCCUCUACCAUUUAAAAUGGCUGUAUAUCAACUGCAAUAAUUUCUGGUAUCAGCGCUGUGAUUUUCUCACUCCGUCCCUUAUCGCACCGCUGCCAGCAACAGUUUGGGUCUCACGAUGCCUCCCUUUCAGCAUUGCACCUGUACUGCCACUGUAGUUUCGGGGGGAUGGAGUCAAGUGCAAGUGUUGUUCAGGAUUUUUUAUUUUCCUUGGCAAAUAAUUUGAAAGAUGCAUAUCUCCUCUUACUAACAUUACAACAUUGUUGUGUUUAGGUAUUUUGUAUUUUUCCCUUUAUGAUGAUGAUCGGGACCUGUUAGUGGUAGUUUGGUGAUAACUGCACUUUGAUUUUAAUUUUGUGGGGGGAAAACGAUUUUAAAUUCACACUUAUACUCAAUACAACACAUUGAGUUUAACUCCACACUGUUCAGUGUAUAAUAGAAUACUGCAUAGAAUGGCUGAUUUGCUCAUAUUUGCAAAUGCCUACCUGUGAUUUGGUGGGAGGAAAGAAUAAACAUGCAUAAUGAUCUGCAUGUCAUUGUGUCAGUAAGGGGAAAACAUUGCAUGAAACCUUCUUUACACUUCAGUUAACACAGACACACACUCUCCCUCCCUUCCUCACACUCUGUCUCCCUCACUCUCAUAAAAACACACACCUCUCUCUCUCCCGCAAACACACAUACACACACUGCUCCCAUCUUUUAAAAUGUUAGGCACCAAACAGAAUUUAAGGAGCACCAGAAAGUAAUAGAUUUUUGAUAUAGUUUAGGCAUACUAAACUCAGCAAAAAAAGAAACAUCCUUUUUUCAGGACCCUGUUUUCAAAGAUAAUUUGUAAAAAUCCAAUUAACUUCACAGAUCUUCAUUGUAAAGGGUUUAAACACUGUUUCCUAUGCUUGUUCAAUGAACCAUGAACAAUUAAUGAACAUGCACCUGUGGAACGGUCGUUAAGACACUAACGGCUUACAGACGGUAGGCAAUUAAGGUCACAGUUAUGAAAACUUAGGACACUAAAGAGGCUUUUCUACCGACUCUGAAAAACACAAAAAUAAAGAUGCCCAGGGUCCCUGCUCAUCUGUGCGAACGUGCCUUAGGCAUGCUGCAAGGAGGCAUGAGGACUGCAGAUGUGGCCAGGGCAAUAAAUUGCAAUGUCCGUACUGUGAGACGCCUAAGACAGCGCUACAGGGAGACAGGACAGACAGCUGAUCAUCCUCGCAGUGGCAGACUACAUGUAACAACACCUGCACAGGAUCGGUACAUCCGAACAUCACACCUGCAGGACAGGUACAACAACUGCCCGAGUUACAGUGGGGGAAAAAGUAUUUAGUCAGCCACCAAUUGUGCAAGUUCUCCCACUUAAAAAGAUGAGAGAGGCAUGUAAUUUUCAUCAUAGGUACACGUCAACUAUGACAGACAAAAUGAGAUUUUUUUUCUCCAGAAAAUCACAUUGUAGGAUUUUUUAUGAAUUUAUUUGCAAAUUAUGGUGGAAAAUAAGUAUUUGGUCAAUAACAAAAGUUUCUCAAUACUUUGUUAUAUACCCUUUGUUGGCAAUGACACAGGUCAAACGUUUUCUGUAAGUCUUCAAGGUUUUCACACACUGUUGCUGGUAUUUUGGCCCAUUCCUCCAUGCAGAUCUCCUCUAGAGCAGUGAUGUUUUGGGGCUGUCGCUGGGCAACACGGACUUUCAACUCCCUCCAAAGAUUUUCUAUGGGGUUGAGAUCUGGAGACUGGCUAGGUCACUCCAGGACCUUGAAAUGCUUCUUACGAAGCCACUCCUUCGUUGCCCGGGCGGUGUGUUUGGGAUCAUUGUCAUGCUGAAAGACCCAGCCACGUUUCAUCUUCAAUGCCCUUGCUGAUGGAAGGAGGUUUUCACUCAAAAUCUCACGAUACAUGGCCCCAUUCAUUCUUUCCUUUACACGGAUCAGUCGUCCUGGUCCCUUUGCAGAAAAACAGCCCCAAAGCAUGAUGUUUCCACCCCCAUGCUUCACAGUAGGUAUGGUGUUCUUUGGAUGCAACUCAGCAUUCUUUGUCCUCCAAACAUGACGAGUUGAGUUUUUACCAAAAAGUUAUAUUUUGGUUUCAUCUGACCAUAUGACAUUCUCCCAAUCCUCUUCUGGAUCAUCCAAAUGCACUCUAGCAAACUUCAGACGGGCCUGGACAUGUACUGGCUUAAGCAGGGGGACAUGUCUUGCACUGCAGGAUUUGAGUCCCUGGCGGCGUAGUGUGUUACUGAUGGUAGGCUUUGUUACUUUGGUCCCAGCUCUCUGCAGGUCAUUCACUAGGUCCCCCCGUGUGGUUCUGGGAUUUCUGCUCACCGUUCUUGUGAUCAUUUUGACCCCACGGGGUGAGAUCUUGCGUGGAGCCCCAGAUCGAGGGAGAUUAUCAGUGGUCUUGUAUGUCUUCCAUUUCCUAAUAAUUGCUCCCACAGUUGAUUUCUUCAAACCAAGCUGCUUACCUAUUGCAGAUUCAGUCUUCCCAGCCUGGUGCAGGUCUACAAUUUUGUUUCUGGUGUCCUUUGACAGCUCUUUGGUCUUGGCCAUAUUGGAGUUUGGAGUGUGACUGUUUGAGGUUGUGGACAGGUGUCUUUUAUACUGAUAACAAGUUCAAACAGGUGCCAUUAAUACAGGUAACGAGUGGAGGACAGAGGAGCCUCUUAAAAAAGAAGUUACAGGUCUGUGAGAGCCAGAAAUCUUGCUUGUUUGUAGGUGACCAAAUACUUAUUUUCCACCAUAAUUUGCAAAUAAAUUCAUUAAAAAUCCUACAAUGUGAUUUUCUGAAAUUUGUUCCUCAAUUUGUCUGUCAUAGUUGACGUGUACCUAUGAUGAAAAUUACAGGCCUCUCUCAUCUUUUUAAGUGGGAGAACUUGCACAAUUGGUGGCUGACUGGAUCAUCCAAAUGCACUCUAGCAAACUUCAGACGGGCCUGGACAUGUACUGGCUUAAGCAGGGGGACAUGUCUUGCACUGCAGGAUUCCUCCUCAGGAGACUAAAAAGAUUUGGCAUGGGUCCUCAGAUCCUCAAAAAAUUCUACAGCUGCACCAUCGAGAGCAUCCUGACUGGUUGCAUCACCGCCUGGUAUGGCAACUGCUUGGCCUCUGACCGCAAGGCACUACAGAGGGUAGUGCGUACGGCCCAGUACAUCACUGGGGCAAAGCUUCCUGCCAUCCAGGACCUCUAUACCAGGCAGUGUCAGAGGAAGGCCCUCAAAAUUGUCAAAGACUCCAGCCACCCUAGUCAUAGACUGUUCUCUCUGCUAUCGCACGGCAAGCGGUACCGGAGUGCCAAGUCUAGGUCCAAAAGACUUCUCAACAGCUUCUACCCCCAAGCCAUAAGACUCCUGAACAGCUAAUCAUGGCUACCCGGACUAUUUGCACUGCCCCCCCACCCCAUCCUUUUUACGCUGCUGCUACUCUGUUAAGUAUUUAUGCAUAGUCACUUUAACUCUACCCACAUGUACAUAUUACCUCAACUACCUCAACUAGCCGGUGCCCCCGCACAUUGACUCUGCAACGGUACCCCCCUGUAUAUAUAGCCUCCCUACUGUCACUUUAUUUUACUUCUGCUCUUUUUUUCUCAACACUUUUUUUGUUGUUGUUUUAUUCUUAGUUUUUUUGUUGAAAAUAAAUGCACUGUUGGUUAAGGGCUGUAAGUAAGCAUUUCACUGUAAUGUCUGCACCUGUUGUAUUCGGCGCAUGUGACCAAUACAAUUUGAUUUGAUUUGAUUUGACUAAAUACUUUUUUCCCCAACUGUAUACCAGGAACGCACAAUCUCUCAAUCAGUGCUCAGACUGUCCGCAAUAGGCUGAGAGAGGCUGGACUGAGGGUUUGUAGGCCUGUUGUAAGGCAGGUCCUCACCAGACAUCACCGGCAACAACGUCGCCUAUGGGCACAAACCUACCGUCGCUGGACCAGACAGGACUGGCAAAAAGUGCUCUUCACUGACGAGUCGCGGUUUUGUCUCACCAGGGGUGAUGGUCGGAUUUGCGUUUAUUGUCGAAGCAAUGAGCGUUACACCGAGGCCUGUACUCUGGAGCGGGAUCGAUUUGGAGGUGGAGGGUCUGUCAUGGUCUGGGGCGGUGUCACAGCAUCAUCGGACUGAGCUUGUUGUCAUUGCAGGUAAUCUCAACGCUGUGCGUUACAGGGAAGACAUCCUCUUCCCUCAUGUGGUACCCUUCCUGCAGGCUCAUCCUGACAUGACCCUCCAGCAUGACAAUGCCACCAACCAUACUACUUGUUCUGUGCGUAAUUUCCUGCAAGACAGGAAUGUCAGUGUUCUGCCAUGGCCAGCGAAGAGCCCGGAUCUCAAUCCCAUUGAGCACGUCUGGGACCUGUUGGAUCGGAGGGUGAGGGCUAGGGCCAUUCCCCCCAGAAAUGUCCGGGAACUUGCAGGUGCCUUGGUGGAAGAGUGGGGUAAAAUCUCACAGCAAGAACUGGCAAAUCUGGUGGAGUAUAUUAGGAGGAAGAGAUUCACUGCAGUACUUCAUGUAGCUGGUGGCCACACCAGAUACUGACUGUUACUUUUGAUUUUGAUCCCCCCCCCCCCUUUGUUCAGGGACACAUUAUUCAAUUUCUGUUAGUCACAUGUCUGUGGAACUUGUUCAGUUUAUGUCUCAGUUGUUGAAUCUUAUGUUCAUACAAAUAUUUACACAUGUUAAGUUUGCUGAAAAUAAACGCAGUUGACAGUGAGAGGACGUUUAUUUUUUUGCUGAAUUUAUUAGGCCUAUAUGAAUCCUACCUUUUGAAGCACAUCUCAUGAGUAGCAGACCCUUUUCCUUUUUUCCCUGUGCCAAUCAAAUGUGCCUAAACCUACUGUCAUGUUACCUGGUUGUUAGCUAGCUAGGUACCAUGACAGAACAAUGUUGUUUAUUAAACCAAAGGUUAGCGACCCGCGAUUUGUUUAAAACGGCCUUCACCAUGGUUUGUGAAAUUAUAUAAAAUGUGCGCGAAUCCCAAUAGAAAGGGAAAAAGGCAUCCUCGGUAAUAUGGGUCAUAUUUGUUUUUACUGUUUGGGCUAGAGACAAGCCGUUUACUUUGCUGUAAAGCUGCAAGCAUGCCUGUCGCGAAGCGGUGCUCCAUUUUCCCUCUGACACUGAGGCUGCAUGACAGUGAACUUGCAAAGUCUACUCAGACUCUGUGCUCUUGGUUAUAACAGGCAAUGAAAUUAUACAAUGUACAACAUUGCUCGCUUUGCGCGCUGCUCGACUGUAACAAAUGUACAAAUCUAAUAACAGAAGACUCAUCAGGGUCUGGGUCUGCAUCCCUGUUCACCAUCCUUGCUAAAUUAUAUAUAUAUUCUAACUGACGGGGGAAUAGACACGGAGGAAGAGCGGAUGGAGAGAAGCAGGUGAGGGCUGGUAGGGGAUGCUGAUAGCUGAUUACAGCUGCCACAUGUGACAUGCGCAUGAACCUGAAGUGGAUAUAAUUGGACUUGUGCAUACAAGAGACUACUAGCUGUUGCUUAAAUUCAACUGAAUUUAUAAACAAAACUGACUUUAUAAACAUUUUAUAACAGGCAGGCGCCAGCAGGUUCUUUAGAUCGGUAGGGCUGAAAAGGUCGGUAGCAUCAUAUGAAACGAUACUACGGUAUUCUAAAAGGUUAUCAUAAGUUUCAUGACAUUUUGGUACCGUGAGGAUAACGUGGUACCGGUAUACCGUGCAACACUAUACACACCUACCAUUGAAUUGGCACUGUCCCUCUCCCCCUUCUCUCUUUGUCUUUCUACUUCCUCCCUAGUCUGAGCAGGAUGCAGAGGAGAGUGAGGGUGAGGACAGUGCCUUCAUCAUGGACCGCCUGUGCAAGUUCAUCUACGCUAAGGACCGUACGGACCGCAUCCGCACAUGUGCCAUCCUGUGCCACAUCUACCACCACGCGCUGCACUCGCGCUGGUAUCAAGCCCGUGACCUAAUGCUCAUGAGCCACCUGCAGGAUAAUAUUCAGCACGCCGACCCGCCUGUACAGGUAUGAACAUGUGAGUGUGGACACACACACACACACACACACAACAGGGCAGCAUCCAGUAUGCCAAGCUGUUCAUACAUGCAGGGGCACACACACCUGCAGGGCAACAUCCGGCACACUACAGGGCUCCAGACUAACUGGUGCCACUAAAACACACAAUUACCCUUGGACAAAGGAACUUAAUGAUAUAAUUAAGGAAGCUGAUCUACUUCACAUAUUUAGAAACAAGUUACGAUGCAAUGUCAACUUGAUCAAACACAAGUUAACCCUUAGCUACAAAGAAAAAUGGUCAACUGAUAUAUGGCUAAAACCAAAGCUCAGAACUUAUAACCAGAUCAAAACACCUAUGAUCCAGAACCCUAUGUCACCUUUCGCUUAACAGGAAAUAAAAGAUCCUUGUGUGCCCAGUUGAGAACCGGGAUACUGCCUCUGGAAAUUGAAGUAGGUAGCUUCAAUGCCAUAAAUGAAGAAGAUUUGCUAUGUACAGUCUGCAAUUUAGGGGAGAUGGAGAAAUUAUACUGUACUUUAUAUGAUGAUUUGACUGACCUUGUUUGAAGAAAAUGCAACAACAGAUUUCACAUGACUGGGCAGUAGUGCAGCCGUGGGUGGGCCUGGAAGAGCAUAGGCCCACCAACUGGGGAGCCAGGCCCAGCCAAUCAGAAUGAGUCUUUCCCCACAAAAGGGCUUUGUUACAUGGUGCACUUGUAUAAUGAUCAUGCUGUUUAAUCAGCUUCUUGAUAUGCCACACCUGUCAGGUGGAUGGAUUAUCUUGGCAAAGGAGAAAUGCUCACUAACAGGAAUAUAAACAAAUUUGUUCAUAACAAUUUAGAGAAAUAAGCUUUUUGUGCGUGUGGAAAAUGUCUGGGAUUUUUUUAUUUCAGCUCAUGAAACAUGGGACCAACACUUUACAUGUUGUGUUUAUAUUUUUGUUUGGUGUAUUUCCAAAGCUUGGAAGACGCGACAACAUAAGUUGUAUAACUAAAAGAUUUUUGUUUUGUUUCAAUUGUUUUCAUUUCUGUAGAAUUGCAAAUGUGUGCAUGUAUGUACACUGACUGUACAAAACAUUAGGAACACCUGCUCUUUCCAUGACAUAUACUGCCCAGGUAAAUCCAGGUUAAAUCUAUUACCCCUUAUUGAUGUCACCUGUUAAAUCCACUUCAAUCAGUGUAGAUGAAGGGAAGGAGACACAUUUAAAGAAGGAUUUUUAAGCCUUGAGACAAUUGAGACAUGGAUUGCCUGUGUGCCUCAUUGAGGGUGAAUGGGCAAGCCAACUUGACACAACUGUGGGAAGCAUUGGAGUCAACAUGGGGCAGCAGCCUGUGGAACGCUUUCGACACCUUGUAGAGUCCAUGCCCAGACUAAUUGAGGCUGUUUUGAUGGCAAAAAAGGGGGUGCAACUCAAUAUUAUGGAGGUGUUCCUAAUGUUUUGUAUAGAGAACAACCGAUAUUGGCCUUUUCUAGGCUUUCUGCCCUUUUCUAUCGGCUUUGCCGAUAUUCCCUCUACAUAGCAAAGCUGCUGCUAUGCCAGCCGCCACUCACUGCCUGAGCUACGAGCACUGCACUAUGCCGAGAAAUGUCUAGCAGAGAAAAUAAUCAGCAGCAAGCUAGCUCAUUCUUCAACAGAAAGGGGCAGUAUUGAGAAAAGUAUUAAUUGACGUAGUGACCAAAAUCGAACUCCUGUUGCAAAUACUAACCUUUUUCAGGACCCUGUCUUUCAAAGAUAAUUCGUAAAAAUCCAAAUAACGUCACAGAUCUUAAUUGUAAAGGGUUUAAACACUGUUUCCCAUGCUUGUUCAAUGAACCAUAAACAAUUAAGGAACAUGCACCUGUGGAACGGUCGUUAAGACACUAACGGCUUACAGACGGUUGGCAAUUAAGGUCACAGUUAUGAAAACUUAGGACAAUAAAGAGGCCUUUCUACUGACUCUGAUAAACACCAAAAGAAAGAUGCCCAGGGUCCCUGCUCAUCUGCGUGAACGUGCCUUAGGCAUGCAACGACGUCGCCUAUGGGCACAAACCCACCGUCGCUGGAUCAGACAGGACUGGCAAAAAGUGCUCUUCACUGACGAGUCGCGGUUUUGUCUAACCAGGGGUGAUGGUCGGAUUUGCGUUUAUCGUCUCAUGGUCUGGGGCGGUGUGUCACAGCAUCAUCAGACUGAGCUUGUUGUCAUUGCAGGUAAUCUCAACGCUGUGCGUUACAGGGAAGACAUCCUCUUCCCUCAUGUGGUACCCUUCCUGCAGGCUCAUCCUGACAUGGCCCUCCAGCAUGACAAUGCUACCAGUCAUACUGCUCGUUCUGUGUGUGAUUUCCUGCAAGACAGGAAUGUCAGUGUUCUGCAAUGGCCAGCGAAGAGCCCAGAUCUCAAUCCCAUUGAGCACGUCUGGGACCUGUUGGAUCGGAGGGUGAGGGCUAGGGCCAUUCCCCCCAGAAAUGUCCGGGAACUUGCAGGUGCCUUGGUGGAAGAGUGGGGUAAAAUCUCACAGCAAGAACUGGCAAAUCUGGUGGAGUACAUUAGGAGGAGGAGAUUCACUGCAGUACUUAAUGUAGCUGGUGGCCACACCAGAUACUGACUGUUACUUUUGAUUUUGACCCCCCCUUUGUUCAGGGACACAUUAUUCCAUUUCUGUUAGUCACAUGUCUGUGGAACUUGUUCAGUUUAUGUCUCAGUUGUUGAAUCUUAUGUUCAUACAAAUAUUUACACAUGUUAAGUUUGCUGAAAAUAAACGCAGUUGACAGUGAGAGGACGUUUAUUUUUUUGCUGAAUUUAUUAGGCCUAUAUGAAUCCUACCUUUUGAAGCACAUCUCAUGAGUAGCAGACCCUUUUCCUUUUUUCCCUGUGCCAAUCAAAUGUGCCUAAACCUACUGUCAUGUUACCUGGUUGUUAGCUAGCUAGGUACCAUGACAGAACAAUGUUGUUUAUUAAACCAAAGGUUAGCGACCCGCGAUUUGUUUAAAACGGCCUUCACCAUGGUUUGUGAAAUUAUAUAAAAUGUGCGCGAAUCCCAAUAGAAAGGGAAAAAGGCAUCCUCGGUAAUAUGGGUCAUAUUUGUUUUUACUGUUUGGGCUAGAGACAAGCCGUUUACUUUGCUGUAAAGCUGCAAGCAUGCCUGUCGCGAAGCGGUGCUCCAUUUUCCCUCUGACACUGAGGCUGCAUGACAGUGAACUUGCAAAGUCUACUCAGACUCUGUGCUCUUGGUUAUAACAGGCAAUGAAAUUAUACAAUGUACAACAUUGCUCGCUUUGCGCGCUGCUCGACUGUAACAAAUGUACAAAUCUAAUAACAGAAGACUCAUCAGGGUCUGGGUCUGCAUCCCUGUUCACCAUCCUUGCUAAAUUAUAUAUAUAUUCUAACUGACGGGGGAAUAGACACGGAGGAAGAGCGGAUGGAGAGAAGCAGGUGAGGGCUGGUAGGGGAUGCUGAUAGCUGAUUACAGCUGCCACAUGUGACAUGCGCAUGAACCUGAAGUGGAUAUAAUUGGACUUGUGCAUACAAGAGACUACUAGCUGUUGCUUAAAUUCAACUGAAUUUAUAAACAAAACUGACUUUAUAAACAUUUUAUAACAGGCAGGCGCCAGCAGGUUCUUUAGAUCGGUAGGGCUGAAAAGGUCGGUAGCAUCAUAUGAAACGAUACUACGGUAUUCUAAAAGGUUAUCAUAAGUUUCAUGACAUUUUGGUACCGUGAUGAUAACGUGGUACCGGUAUACCGUGCAACACUAUACACACCUACCAUUGAAUUGGCACUGUCCCUCUCCCCCUUCUCUCUUUGUCUUUCUACUUCCUCCCUAGUCUGAGCAGGAUGCAGAGGAGAGUGAGGGUGAGGACAGUGCCUUCAUCAUGGACCGCCUGUGCAAGUUCAUCUACGCUAAGGACCGUACGGACCGCAUCCGCACAUGUGCCAUCCUGUGCCACAUCUACCACCACGCGCUGCACUCGCGCUGGUAUCAAGCCCGUGACCUAAUGCUCAUGAGCCACCUGCAGGAUAAUAUUCAGCACGCCGACCCGCCUGUA